GAAGAUCAUUCGAAGAUGGAGGAGACGCAAGCUCUGGACGACGAGCCACAGGUUGGUCGCCACGGCAGCGCGGGUUUGUUCCUGUUCAAGAAGGAUGGAGAGGCGGUAGAGGAGACUCCCGAGGACCUCGCAGCUUUGGAAGCGGAGCGUGCGGCGAACAAGAAGCUCGCGGACGACAUGGCGGACGAGGAACAACGACGUCGCAUGGAGGAGGAAAAGGACCGAGAGGACGAAGUCGCGAUCGUCCGCCAGAUCAACGUCGAAUACUCAGUCACAGCCGAAGAGGAGGAGAGAGAGCGUCGUGUGCACGAAUACGAGAUCGCCAAGGUGCAGGACGAGAUGAUGCGCAGACGCAGCCAAGUGGCAGCGAUCGAAGCUGCAGAGGAGGAGCGCAAGCGACGCAUCUCCGAGGCAGAGAACACGCAGAUACAGGGUUUGAGAGAGCGUGCGUUCUCUCAGGAGCUGGCGGUGCAAGCUAUGGAGAAGGAGCGAGUGCGCCGUUUGAGUCUGCCGGAACAUCGAGAGCGAGCUCCAUCUGCAGGGCUGGAACGGUUUUACUCAUGCAAGAGUGUUGAUGUGGAAAAUGAAGAUAACGAUGCCCACGAAGCAGAAAUGAUGGAUGGGUUGAGUGAGAUUCCGGUUGUGCACGGAUCAGCAUCCAAGGUUUUGGUGGAUGAAAACUCGGAGUGGCGAUGCUUCAUUGCGUCCGAGAAUGCGCAGGAAGAGAAGAACCAACUGCACGCACUUCGUUUGAGCUUAGAAGACGAACUCAAAACUGAGCGGCAUGCCAAGUACGUUGAACUGGUGGGAGAUAUUCGUCUUCUUCGCUUUUUACGCGGUCACAAGAUGAACGUUUCGGUCGCAGCUACCAAGUAUCGUGAGAUGCUUGUGCUGCGUCAGAAGCUCAAGCUCGACGACAUCCGCGAUGACAUCGUCAACAACAAGAAAAUGCCUGACGAAUUUCCUCAUUUCCAAAAGAUUAUUCCGCAUCUGCCUUUCCUCGACUCGUACGACAUCUUCUCCGCUCCUGACGGCCACGUCUUAUACUUUGAAAUGACGGGCUACGCCGAUUUCCAGAAGCUGGUGACCGAUGUCACUGAAGAGGAAUGGCAGACUUUCUUUCUCUACUCUAUGGAGUAUCGAGCGCUGAAACUUGACCAACUGAGUCGUCAACACGAAAAAUUGGUGCAAACGAUUCUAGUACGUGACCUCACUGGCUUCUCUGUCGCGCGCUUCAACCCCAAGCUGCUCAAGCGCUUGCGACCACUUCUAUCAAUUGCCACCAAAUGUUACCCAGAGUCGAUGAACAAGGCGCUUGUUCUGCAUGCACCGUGGAUCUUCGAUAAGGUAUGGAGUGCUAUCAAGCCCAUGCUUCAGGAAACUCAGCUACGCAAAGUGCACAUGGAAGGGAAUUCACUCGAGAGGCUGCUAGAGUUAUCGGAUGGCCGAGACAAUUUACCGAAAUUAUUGGGAGGUCGAAGCUCGACGCAUGCCAUCCCUCAGACCGGAUUCCUGGGUCGCAAUACGUUCGUUUUGCUCUGUGAAGAUGGAGCGACUCAAGCGGAUAUUAAGGCUGGAGGUACAUUGCAAUUACCAUUCCGGAUGAGCGCCAACGAUACGCUCUGCUGGGAGUACGUGGUGAAGGAACGCGAUAUCAUGUUCGCUGUGAAAUUCCGAACGCAAGGCAUUGGUGGCGCCGAAGAAAACGACAAGGUGGGUCCUGAACGUGUUUCGAGCGGGGCUUCGUUUGCAAGCUCCUUCACGGCCUCUGAAGAUGGCACGGUGGUGCUGUCCUGGGACAACUCGUUCUCCUGGACACGUGGGAAAACCAUAGCGUACAAGGCCAAGGUGGUGAAGUCUACGCAUGACUUCUCCUCUCUCGAUAUUAGUGGCAACGACUGCGUUUAAGGCAGUUUAGGCUCCGUUCUAGGGAGUAAGACAUUUAUAUUCUUUUUUUUUUUUUACGAUGCAGUGAACAAAUAGCACAGCAACUAAAACGACGUUCACAUUAACUUCUGU